AUGGGGGAGAAGGAGAGGUGGUCGCAAGGACUUGCAGAUGAUAUAUUGCAAUUGAUAGCACAACGACUGUACAUAUCAGAUUACCUAGUGUUUCGCCAAGUAUGCCCAAAUUGGCGAGCCGCUGUGGAUAGAGGUCUUGCCACCAGGUCUUGCCCUCCUGCUCCUCAACUUCCAUGGCUUUUGCUCCACAACUUUUAUGGCUUGUGGACGUCACCUGGGAAUCAAUAUUCUCUCGAUGCCUUGUACAUCGAACGACACCAGUACUCCUUUCGAAGGGCACCAACAUCUUUCAGAUCAGAAAUUAUGUCGUCCCCUGUUUCUUAUUCUUUCCGAUAUUGUGUUGGUUCAAUCGAGUCGUGGCUGAUCGUAGCUAUUUAUCAACGAUGCCGCAAGAACAACAGCUCUACUGUCGUCAACUUCUUCUUCAAUCCAGUAUCACGUGCCCGAGUCAUGCUUCCAUCAAAGGACUCGUUCUUGAUGAAAAUUGUAGCCUCUUCACCACCAGCACCAACAACAAGGCUGCAGCAGAAGCAGCACAAUUGUUUCGUGGCUGCUCUUAGUUAUGGAAAUCGUUUGGGUAUUUGUAGGCCAACUGAUACAUCAUGGACCGUCAUUGAGACCAUAGAUGGGCUCGACUAUAAAGAUAUUGAAAUAAUUGAUCAGAAAUUAUAUGUUGUAUGUAGAGAGAAGCUUAGAGACAAUAAGUACUAUGUACUGGAAUUUGACAUACUCUCUGAAGAUGACAAUGUCACCAGGGCCAAAUACAAUUGUAGGCUCUGCAUUGACAUCCCGAAUUUUUCUGUUUUGAAUUCGAUACUGUACCCUUGUCUAGCAAAAGAUUCUGCAUCCAAGGAAUUGUUCAUAAUUCGAAGUAGAAGUUUGAUAAGAAAAGGAUUCCGAGUGUAUAAGAUGGAGAGCAAGACUGACGGUGAGCCAUCGUGCAAGGAGGCUACUGACCUUGGUGAUCGAACAUUGUUUCUGAGCAACAAAAGCAAUAAGGUCAUCAAUGACAAGACACUUGGGAAAAACUGCAUCUAUUUUGCUUACGAUCUUGAAGGUGGUUUCGGGGUGUAUUCCUUGGCAGAUAGGAGCAUCAAACGGGUUUACUUUCCUACGGAUUACUCGUUCUCCAGCCGUGAAACUAUUUGGUUCACACCACAUCCGUGGUAG